CAGAUAGUGACCACGUGGACUAGGGCAGACAACUCUCUUCUCACUCCAGCCGACGAAAGGAAGGUUCACAAAGAAACACUCGGCGAUCAGACAGCCUAUCAUGGAGCUGAAAUGUGCCGUGCAGACGUACGCAUGGGGUAUGAUAGGUUCUUCAAGUGCAGUGGCUCGUUUGGCUGCGUCUGGGAAGCACGUCGUUCACGUAGAUGAAGAAACUCCAUAUGCAGAGCUAUGGAUGGGCUGUCAUCCAAAUGGACCUUCCAGGUUGGCCAAGACAGAGCAGUUGUUAUCAGAAUACAUAGAGAAACAUCCUCAAGUCUUGGGAGAGCAGGUGGAGAAGACAUUUGGGGAGAAGGACCUUCCAUUUCUCUUAAAAGUUUUGUCAGUCAAUAAAGCUCUCAGCAUUCAAGUCCAUCCUGAUAAGGCAGCAGCAGAGAAGCUGCAUGCAAGUCGUCCCGACCUGUACAAGGACCCAAACCACAAACCAGAGAUGGCGGUCGCCCUCACCCCAUUUUCAGCUCUCUGUGGCUUCCGACCCCUGUCUGAGAUACAGGAUUGCCUCCAAAGUGAGCAUCAUCUUCGCAUUUCUUCACAUUGGGACCAGAGAGAGAUGCAGGAAGUAUUCCUAUCUUGUCUCAAGCCUCCUUAUCCCUCUCCCACCUUCAUGCCUUUUUCUUGGCUACCAGAGCUGGGAAGUGUUAUAGGGGAAGUGGAGAAUGAGGCAUCUUUAGAGAGAGUAUUCCGCACUCUUAUGACACAAGAAGAAAAUGUAAUCUCAAGCAUCCUCACUGCAAUUCAAGAAAGGAUUCAGGCAGCAAGCCCAGAGGAAAGAAUCCAGUUGAGAGGAGAUCUGUUUAAAGAACUGAGUCUGGAAUUCCCAGGGGAUAUUGGGAUUCUGAGUUCUUAUUUCCUCAACCACAUCCUACUUCAGCCUGGAGAGGCACUCUUCCUUGGUGCUAAUGUACCCCAUGCCUACCUGAAGGGAGAUUGUGUGGAAUGCAUGGCAUGCUCAGACAAUGUUGUGAGAGCAGGACUCACACCCAAGUUCAAGGAUGUGGACACCCUUCUUUCCAUGCUUGAUUAUACCUUCUCCUCUGUUGAUGGGUGCAGGUUCAUCCCAUCCCAUGAUCCUUCCACUGAGGGGCUUCUCUAUUCGCCUCCUGUUCAAGACUUCUGUGUUCGCUCUUUUGUGGUUAGUCCUGGUAGUGCUUGCAAUGUGAAUCUACCUUUUUUUUUUUAUCUUCCUGAAGCCAGUGAUCAGACAACCAUGAUGUGUUCAGUAUGUGAAUCUCCAUUCUGCAUGAAGGGCAUCCCAAGUGGAAGCAUCCUCCUUGUCAUUGAAGGCAAGGGAUGCACAGAUUCACAGAAAUCCUUGGGACCUGGGAAAGCAUUCUUCCUUCCUGCUGGUACUGACUUGGUCAUCCAAAGCAUAGACGAAUCUCCUCUUCGGAUCAUCUCCACUGCUGCCAAUAUCUCAUUUUGAUGUCGUACUGAGAGUCUCUUCACAUUGAACAUGUUUUGAGCAAUUGCUGGAUUGGUAGCAAAAGUUUGAUAUCUUCAUAAGCAACGAAGCAUUGUUUUAGGCUUCAGGGUGAUUGUUUCUGAAUGGUUGCCUGAUGUUUGAAAAUUCCUGCAAGCUCUUUUGCUUAUCUGCACAUUGUGUUUUGCUAAUGAAACUAUCAGAUAUUACCAAGAGUAAUUUUGCAAGGUUGUAAAUGAAAGUGAAAAUUUGUCCUAAAAGACUGGGAGUGCUGGAGGGCUUCCAUGCAAGAACCAGAGGGCAGUUGCACUGCUUUCCCUUCAGUCAGAUUUGCAAGAGUAUGACUUCACAAAUAGCCUACCUUGGGAAAGUCUGACUUUGGCCUCAGUUGCACUGCCUCUUAGUUGGGGUCAGUGCAACUAGCUAAAAUUAAAGACAGGCUCCCAAAUAAAGACAGAGGCAGUGCAACUGGCUCCUGCUCUUGACAUUAUUAUUCCUUUUAAGUUUAUUGUUGCAGGUAGAAAUUGAAUUGACGGAAGUCAUGCAAGAACUGUUAUGUGAUUGAUGCAGUAUUCAGGAUCUGUAGAACUCUGUGAGAGCUCCUGGUCAUUAUUUUAUUUUAUGACUGUGAGGAUAUUACCAAUAGAAUUGCAUAUUUCUUUUAUUCUGGUGAUAGUAGUGAGCAAUAGAACUAUGUUUCAGUAUUAUCAUGGUUAAUGGUG